AUGUCGAGUACAGAUAAACCUAGUGUUUUAAUCAUUGGCGCGGGACUGACGGGGCUGCUUGUUGCGCAGGGGUUGAAAAAGAAUGGCUUCAGUCCCAUUGUCGUCGAGAGGGAAGACGGCAUCGAUGCGCGGCCCCGCGAAUGGACCAUGCUCGUACAUUGGGCCAUGCCCAUCCUCGAGCGCCUUGUUCCCGAGGAAAUCUUAAACGACCUGGACAAUGCGCUUUGCAAUCCGAAUCUUGAAUUCACCGCCCAAGUUGAGACGCUCCCGUGCUAUAACGGCGUCACGGGGGAUCUCCUUUUCAGCAGUCCGACGCCUGGCGCCAGACGUGUGAGCCGUAGACGUCUGCGCGCCCUACUUGCCCGAGAUGUUGAAAUUCGAUGGAACAAGUCUUUGCGCAAGAUCUCUCGGACGGAGAAUGGUAUCACGGCAGACUUUGAGGACAAUACGACAAUGGAUGCCGACUAUCUUGUCGGGACGGACGGCACCUCGUCGAAGGUGAGGGAGAUUGUACUCGGAGCCGAGAAAGCGCAGGCUCAAGGCUCCGGGUUCCUAUUCGCAACCGGUAUUAAUCGGUAUGGACGAGUGGAACACACGAAUGCUAUUGUUGACAAGCAUCCGGUGGCAGCACUCAUGAUGGGAGCCAGCUCCGUCGGCGGCAUUGGCGUUUUGUCUGCUCAGGACGCGUCCGACAAGUCGACGUGGACAACGUUUUGGGUCAAAAUAUGGCGCGGCGAAGCUGUCCAUCUCCAGGGCCGUGAAGCGCUCGACUACAUCAAAAAGAAGACGGCCCCGUUGCGCGACGAGUUCCAACUUGCGAUUGACUGGACGGCGGACGAUGCGUAUGUCAGCAUCAACGAAAUGAAAUAUUGGGUUCCCGUUUCCUGGGACAACCACGAUGGCCGUGUCGCGCUCGCGGGAGACGCGGCGCAUCCGAUGCUCAUUUAUCGCGGACAAGGCUUCCAACACUCGAUUACGGAUGUGGAUAAUUAUGUCCAUGCACUCCUGCAGCUGCACGGUGCUGCGGGGAACAGCGCAUCACGGCGAGCCGUUAUGGGUGCAUAUGACGCCGAGGUGGUGAAGAGAGGCGCUGCCGCUGUGGAACAGUCACUGAGCGAGGCGGAAAAGUCGCUCGAUGUUGGUACGGUGAAGCAAAUGCUGAUGGCGACAAGGGGACACGGGAAAUGA